AUGCGGAGGAGAGCUAAGCUUGAGUAAACGGAGCCAGUGCAAUCAGCCGCUGGGAUUUCAUGCUUCUCCUCUUCUGGUGCAGCAACCCCACGACCUCAUCGCCAUCUUGGCUAGACCCAGAGGCGGGGCGGGCUCUGUCAGCUGGACCCGCCUCUGCGGUGAGCUCACACGCAGCCGGGUUCAGCCCCACGCGAGGUGCUCCGGUCAAGACGACAGGUCCCUGGCAGGGCCGGAGAUGCCUGGUCUUCUUUUGCUCUCGGUGUUGCAGCCCCCGUAGGGCGAGGGCAGAUCGGACACUACUUUUAAAAUUUUCAGAAGGGACGAAUAAAUAUGGAUGUUUUUACUCACAUCAACACAAAGAAUAUUUUUUCUUCAACUAAUAUGUCUGGUCUUAUAUCUGACAAGUUUGAGGAUCAGCUGAAUUUAAGCAAUAAUUCUCCUUCAAUGUCAAUAAGUAAGCUUUUUCCAGCUUUGUUACAAUGCUUUGGCAUUAUCCUUUGUGGAUAUAUAGCUGGAAGAGUUAAUAUAAUUACAUCAACUCAGGCCAAAGGAUUAGGAAAUUUUGUCUCCCGCUUUGCACUCCCAGCUUUGCUCUUCAAAAAUAUGGUCUUGCUGAAUUUUUCCAAUGUGAAUUGGUCCUUUCUGUACAGCAUCCUGAUUGCCAAAGCAUCUGUAUUCUUCUUAGUCUGUGCAUUAACAUUGUUGAUAGUCACCCCUGAAAAACGAUUUAGCAAAGCUGGACUCUUUCCUAUUUUUGCUACUCAGAGCAACGACUUUGCACUGGGAUAUCCUAUAGUUGAAGCUUUGUAUCAAAAUACAUAUCCUGAGUAUCUCCAGUACAUUUACCUGGUUGCACCAAUAUCGCUUAUGAUGCUAAACCCCUUGGGGUUUAUCUUCUGUGAAAUCCAGAAAUCAAAAGACAAUCGGAAUCUCUCUCAUAGCAAAAUGAAAAUCGUAGGACUUGGGCUUCUUCACGUGCUGCAGAAUCCAAUUGUGUUUAUGGUCUUCAUAGGAAUUGCCUCCAAUUACAUCCUUAAACAAAAGAUUCCUAUAUAUUUGGAAAACUUCCUUGAUAGUCUUGCCAAUUCAUUUUCUGGCUCGGCCCUUUUUUACCUGGGUCUCACCAUGGUUGGCCAAAUAAAAAAACUGACGAGGGGUACAUUUGUUGCACUAAUUCUUCUCAUCACGGCUAAACUGUUGUUGAUGCCCCUUCUAUGCCGGGAAAUGGUGGAGUUGUUAGACAAGAGCCAGACUUUGGUCAACCAUACCAGUUUAUCCAACUAUGCAUUUCUCUAUGGAGUCUUUCCAACAGCUCCGGGUGUGGCUAUAUUUGCAACACAGUUUAACAUGGAAGUAGAAGUUAUAACUUCUGGAAUGGUGGUCAGUACUUUUGUGUCUGCCCCCAUCAUGUAUGUUUCGGCGUGGCUAUUGACCAUUCCCUCUAUGGAUGCAGACAGACUGGCAGCAGCAAUUCAGAACGUUAGCUUUGAUAUCAGCAUUGUUAGUCUGGUCUCGUUGAUCUGGUCCCUCGGGGUUAUUCUUUUGAGUAAAAAAUACAAGCAGCUUCCCCAUAUGCUUACAACUAACUUACUCAUUGCUCAGUGUGUAGCCUGUAUUGGAAUGGUAAUGUGGAAUUUCACUAUUGAGAACAAAAGCAUCUUUGUGCAGAUUCUUGUGUUCGUUGUCCUGUACUGUUCCCUGUAUAGUUCUUUUCUGUGGACAGGCCUUUUAGCCCUUUCUCUUCUCCUUUUGAAACGAAGGGAAACCCUAAAGAUUCCUGUUGGAAUUAUUACUAUAGCUGGCUGGGGCAUCCCAGUAGUUAUUGUUGGAAUUCUUCUGAUAGCUGGAAAACACACUGGUGAAAUUGACUCAGCAUUUUUUUAUGGUAAACAUCAGGUGAUUACUACUGCAGUAAUCGUAACGAUCAGCAUAUUGUUCUCGGGUGUGUCACUCAUGUGUAUGAACCGAUCUGGGAUCGCAGGGAUGAAUUAUGAGGUUCUAAACCAGCAAUUUCAACAUCAAGUAGAAGAACCCGAAAGGGAAGUGAAUCAACAUUAUAAACCUUCCCCCACUGUCUCUCAUUCUGAAACAGAUUCUCCCUUGGAAAGAGACUUCUACACAUGUCAGAAACAAAACGGAGAAUUAUGCUGCUCUGAAGGAGAAUCUGCAUCUACUACUGGAGUCAGUGAGAACUGUUCUUUCUCAGUUGAGACAGUCAUUAAGCAAAUCCACAGUCAUGAAGCAAAAGCUAUGGGGCAGUUUAGCCAAAACCUGGAAGCAAAUGCCGGUUUUCAGCAAAAAGAUGGAAAAUCACGGUCAUGUGAGUGCAGGACACUGCAAAUGGCCAUAACUGUUUCCAAGUGCUCAAAAUGCAGUUAUAUGACCAAAAGGGAGUGGACAGUCAUCAGAAUUUUGGAACCAUGUUGUAAAUGCCUUUUGGGUGCACUGUUGCAACUCUGAAUUGUCACUAAGGCAAUUCUAAGUCAAGAAAUACCUGUUUAAAUAAAGUAUGGGAAACUCUA